AGGCAACAGGACUCCUCUCAGGAAAGGGAGCUGGACACAGAAGGGACUAAGCCAGGGAGACCAGAGUCUAAGGCAAAUGACAGCUACUCAGAAACACAACCUCUUCACACCAGAACCUCACUAUAUCCCCGGAUAUGCCGGCUUCUAUCCUCAGCUGCGGUACCAGGUGGGGAACACCUAUGGCCGCACUACGGCACAGCUGCUCACAGAUCCCAGUGUGCAGAAGAGUCCCUGCUCCGUUCUGUCCCCCAUGUCCAAGCCCAAGUUCAUUGAGGACUUCAGCAAACCCAAGCCCCCCUGGAUCCCCUGCCGGGACCUGACUGAGCCCUACAUCCCCCACUACACCGGUCUGAAGCCCUACAAGAACUUCGAGAUCCUGGGCCAGCUCCCACCCCAGGAAGUGGAUGCCCAAGGGCACCCAGGGGUGGAGAACAUAUCCAGACAGGUCUCAAUGCCUGCAGGCUUCAUGCCCUAUCCUCCCUACCCACCAUGCCCACCAGGCAGGAAGGGGGACUCCAAAGCCUUGGGACAUCCUGGCAUGCGGCUUGCAUAUGGGGAAGAAGCCUGGAAGAGUGGUAUCCCUGUCCAUGAGAGCCCAGGGCAGUACCAGCUAUACCACUAUAGAAGGGAUGAGUUCUCACCUCCACCCUACCAGCAAGAGUCGCUAGAUGUGGGCAGGUUCCAGAGGCUACCCCAGCUGGACCAUCCCAACCUGAUCCAACGCAAGGCUAUCUCAGGCUAUGCUGGCUUCGUCCCUCGGUUUGCCUGGGUGAUGGGGAUGAAUUACCGAGAUGGAGUCACACAGGCUAUGGAUGAGUUUGACAAGAACCAGUUCCUGUUCAGAAACCCCAUCUGUGCCUUGGGUGAAAGGCUGCCCAGGACUCACUGGCCAAACACCUCUAUCUACAGAAGCCAAGGGCUGAUUCCUUUCUACAUGGGUUACAUUCCAUCCAUGCAGGACAACUACGCACUGACAUUUGGCAACAGCACUCGGAAGGCCUAUCAGAAGGAACUGGAGAGGAGAAGCCACACGCUAUGA